CCCCGAAUUCGGCACCGCCGGAGGCGUCGGGAUCGUCACGGGACGGCUCGGGAGGGACCCCCGGGAUAACUGGGACCGACUGGGAUAACUGGGAUUGACUGGGACCCCCUGGGAUCGACUGGGAUCAACUGGGAUCGGGAUAAGGGCCCCUCCAUCCAUCACCCCCCCCCGCGCCAUCCCAUCCCCGCCAUCCCCGGGGGGGGGUGGGGAGAGCUUCUGUCGCGACAACGACGACCGCGAGGGCAUCGACGCCAGCCACGAUGGUGACGGUGGCCGUGACGAUGGCCAUGACCCUCCUGCCGCUGCUCGCGCCCCUCCCGCGCCCCUCCCGCGCCCUCUCCACGUGCCGCACCCUGGAUUUGGAGGCCGCGCGGCGCAAACGCAUCGAGGCCGUGCGGGGCCAGAUCCUGAGCAAGCUGCGCCUGCCGGAGCCCCCCCCGGAGCCCCCUCCCCACGACCCUCCCCGGCUGCCCGACGAGGUCCGGGCGCUCUACAACAGCACCCGCGAGCUGCUGCGGCAGCGCCAGCGGGCAGGACCCCCCCCUGAGACCCCCGAGGAUUACUAUGCCAAGGAGCUGCACCGCUUCCCCAUGGAGACCCCGGGCAGGGGCCCCCUGGAGCGCUGGCGCCCCACCCCCCACAGCGCCUUCUUCGUGUUCAACCUGAGCCGGGUCCGGGCCGAGCUGGGCCGGGCCUGGCUGAGCCGGGCGGAGCUGAGGAUGCUGCGGCAGCGGGCGGGGACAGAGGGGAAUGUGGGGAUGGAGCAGAGACUGGAGCUCUACCAG